AUGGUUGAAGAAGGGAAGAUCAUAGAAGGAAACAAUAUGAUGGUGGGAACCGCCACAAAUUUUGAUCCUUAUGUUAACUCAUCAAGUAACCCUAAUACUGAUGUUAGCUAUGGAGGAGGAACACACACUUCAGAGUUCUUCAACUUUGAUCAACACAACUCAGUGAGUCACAACUCAGAUCUCUUCUGGAAACCAUCUUCUCCAAAACCCAUCAUGAUUCCCGGCGGUGGCGCUGCCGCCGGAGAUUUCUGUCAGUUUGACGAGUCGUCUCUCCAAAGAUGUGUUUUAAUCCCAUGUGAACCAAACGAAAGACCAAGUCAAGGUCUUUCUCUUUCUUUAUCUUCCACCAAUCCUUCCACCAUUGGAAUUCAACCAUUUGAGCUUGUAAGACCACCACAAGAUCAUCAUCAUCAUCAUCAACAACAACAACAACACCAAGGGUAUUUCGGGAAACCCAUGAAUAUGCAUGAACAACAUGAUAUGAUGACAGAUGAUCAAGAUGAUGAGUUUUUGAGAAAAUCAGGAAAUAUUAUGAACAGUGGUUCAGGUGGUUCUCAACAUCAAAGCGCACAGUAUCACAUAAGAAGCUCAAGGUACUUGGUACCUGCACAAGAUCUCCUCAAUGAGUUCUGCAAUCUUGGAACAAAGCAAAUCGAUCGUUCAACCAAGGCAAAAAGAACCAGUCAGUGGCAAGAUCAUGAUAAUUUGAAUCAUAGCAAUGCAAGUUCUUCCAAAAAUAAGCCAUUAAAUUCUCUUGAAUUCCUGGAACUGCAAAAAAGAAAAUCAAAGCUCCUUCAAAUGCUAGAAGAGGUGGAUAGAAGAUACAAUCAUUACUGUGAUCAAAUGAAGGCAGUGGUUUCAUCCUUUGAAGCAGUGGCUGGUAAUGGUGCAGCAACAGUUUAUUCAGCUUUGGCUUCCAAGGCAAUGUCAAGACAUUUUAGGUGUUUGAGAGAUGGAGUUGUAGGUCAGAUCAAAGCCACCAAGAAGGCAAUGGGAGAAAAAGACAUUUCUGCCCCUGGUGCCACAAGAGGAGAGACUCCUAGGCUAAGGCUUCUUGAUCAAACUUUAAGGCAACAAAGGGCUUUUCAACAAAUGACGAUGAUGGAUAGCCACCCUUGGCGCCCCCAACGUGGCUUGCCCGAGCGAUCCGUCUCCAUUCUUCGUGCUUGGCUCUUCGAGCACUUCCUCCACCCGUACCCUAGUGAUGUCGAUAAACACAUUCUGGCCCGGCAAACUGGACUCUCGAGAAGCCAAGUAUCGAAUUGGUUCAUUAACGCACGGGUUAGAUUGUGGAAACCGAUGGUGGAGGAGAUGUACGUGGAAGAAACAAAAGAGAAUGAUAACGAAAACGAUGAAGAUGUCCAUGAUAGAUCAUUCAAUGUUGCCAUUGACGAAAACAAUGCAAUCCCACAAAUGGAGCAAAAACCGACGGUUGAACAGCUUAUUCGGAGAGAUUCCGAGUGUCUUUCUUCCAUCAUAAACCACCACCACCAUACGACAAAAACCCUUGAUCAUGAUUUCCACCAAAAUUUCACAAGGGUGUCAUCUGAGCCUUUUGGUGCAGUAGAGCUGGAUUUUUCAGCAUACAAUCACAGUUUUGGUGGUAGUACUGGUGGUGGGGUUUCUUUGACCUUAGGAUUACAACAACAUGCUGGUGGCGGGGGCGGCGGUGGGGGCGGAGGAGGUGGUGGUGGGGUGUCCUUAUUUUACCCAAGAGACCACAUGGAAGAUUGCCAAACUGCAGUACAGUAUUCUUCUCUUUUGGAGGGUGAUCAAGGACAGAAUCUGCCUUACAGGAAUUUAAUGGGGGCACAACUACUUCAUGAUUUGGCUGGUUAGGAACAUAUUGAUUAUAUCUUCCUUUAUAUAUAUAACUUAAAAAGAAAAAGAAAUAUUGGGUUUAAAUUAAUUAUAUAUGGAUUCUAAGGAAAGGGUAUACUUGAUUGGGGUUAGA